CUGUGUCCCGGACAGAGAGCGCGCGGCUUUCUGUCCACUCAUUUUGUAGCACAACUCAAGGGGAAGCGUUGACCUGACAGGGUCACUCCCUUCACCAGCACCUCAAUAUCAUCGGCCUUUCACCGUGCAAGGUAAAAAGAAGGGUCGUCUGUGGGAAAAGACAUCCGAGAUCAGUGUCACUUGAAAAUCCCCAAACCAUUUGAAAUCCUGCUCAAAGCUGCCCUGGAAGAUGUGCCCAGGUCUCGGCACCACUCCUGAAGGAGAGCCUCUCCUUCACCACUCCUGAAGAAGGCCUUCCUCCGACAGCAGUGCCACUGAUACCUGGAUGCAAGGUUUACAUGGGAAUUGGAAAGGGAGGAUUUACAGCAAGGAAGUUCAAAUCAAACAUCAGAUCAAGACCUGCCAGAGACGCUAUGUUCAUCAGGAGUUGAAUAUGUCUUAGACCAUGGAAGGAAAAAGCACUGUUCACAGCCAAGAGAAUCUGUACACCUGUUCUGUGUGUGGGCGAGGUUUCAGCCAAUCAUCUGGCCUGGUGAGACAUAGAUGCAGUCACAACAGAGAGAAACCUUGGAAAUGUGAAAACUGUGGGAAGGGAUUCAAUUACCCGUCUGACCUAGAAACUCAUUGGCGCAGCCAUACAGGAGAAAGGCCAUUCACCUGCCCCAGGUGUGGGCAGGGAUUCACUCGGGCAUAUACCCUGCUGACACACCAGCGAGUUCACACUGGGGAGAGACCAUUCAUCUGUACUGAAUGUGGGAAAGAGUUCACCGAGUCAUCUCGGCUGCGGAGACACCAGCGAGUUCACACUGGGGAGAGGCCUUUCACCUGCACUGAAUGUGGGAAAGGUUUCACAGAGUCAUCCCACCUGCUGAGGCAUCAGCGUGUUCACACUGGGGAGAGGCCGUUUGCCUGCCCUGAGUGCGGGAAGGAUUUUACUCGAUCGUACAUCCUGCUGAGACACCAGCGAGUUCACACUGGGGAGAGGCCAUUCAUCUGCACUGUGUGCGGGAAGGGAUUCAGUCAAGCAUCCAACCUGCUGACACACCAACGCGUUCACCAGUAAAUACAAUCUCUCUGAAUAAAGAGCUGUCUCUCCA